GCAGCUGAACGCAAAAACACCAACACCUCUCUCCUCCCGCUUCACUCCCCCACUGGCCAUGGCGGAAACCCUCGCGGGCCUCCGGCUGGCCGCCUCCGCGGUCCCGCAUCCACGGAGCAGCCGACGCCCCUGCGCCGCCGCGCCGGCCCACCAACGCCUCGCCCAGCUCCGGCGCGGCCGGCUCUGCGCCCGGGCGGCCGUCACGGGCGCGCCGGAGGUGGACGAGGACGAGGCCAUGAGCAUCGACAACCUCUGCAGCUUCUUCGACCUCAACGUCGGCAAGUGGAACGGCAUCUUCUACCAAUUCGAUGCGCACGGGAGGGUGCAGCAGGAGAUCAGCACGCGGCUGUCCGCCAGCACCUACGGGGAGGGCGACCUCAUCAGCCUCAUGCAAUCGCUGUAUAUCAAGCAGGCUACGUCCGGGAUAACAUUUGCGGACGAGGAGGAUCCCGAACCGGAGUGGGCGGAGUACAAAAUCAAAGAGACCAACAUGUUCACUGUAGAUAAAUAUCAGCAGAUAGGGUUCUUUCCUGAGCAGAAGGCAUUUGCAUUGAGAUAUCAGACUGCUGGAAUGCUGGAGACUGUCCUUCGAGCCGGUGUGCUCGGAGAAGAUGACACUGGUGAAGAAUCCCCCAGAAACUUGAAGAUUCCUUCACGGAAACCAUCUAUUGUCUGUGAGAAUUGUAUUUACUCUCUUGAUGGCAAUGGUCGAGUAAGAGCUUUCCACAUAAUGGACCCAAAUGGAGUGCUCGAUACACUUAUUGUUUUUCAUGAAAAUCAGGGCUCCAUAGUGCCACUUACACACUCUUCAACUGAUGAUCCAGAGAAUCCCAGCAACGAUAGGAUAAAUGCUCUGCUUGGAAGGUGGGAGGGCCAUUCUGUGACGAAGAGGAGCGGGGUGUAUGGAGCAACGCUCGAUGAGGCUGAUACGGUUGUCCUCCUUGAAAUGGACAAUAAUGGUCAGCUGGUUCAGGAUAAUAUAUCAACGAAAACCGGAACUAGCACGACAACAACGAUCCACUGGACAGGAGUAGCGAAUAGCAACUUGCUUCAGUUUGAUGGAGGAUAUGAGAUUACUUUGCUACCUGGAGGGAUGUACAUGGGAUAUCCAUCAGACAUCAGCAAGUGCAUUGAGCAGUUAGAUCCUUUUAAUUUGGAGUUUUGUUGGAUGGAAUCACCAGGAAAGAGGCAGCGGCUCGUGCGGACUUUCGACUCGGCUGGUCUGGCUGUUUCGUCGACCUACUUCUUAGAGACCAAAGUAUGAGUCAGUGAGUCGAAGCUUUUCUUUGUACAAAACGUAAUGCACCAAUUUUAUGAGCUUUUCAGUAAUUUCA